GUUUUGGCGAACCAGCAGAUGGCGGCUUCCCACUUCUGCGCGAGACGCGGAGGAAUCAGCACGAGGACAGCGGGGCUCUGCUAGUGCAGCGCGAGCGAGCGGACCUGAAGAGAAGCAACAGACCGCAGGAGUUUUUCGCCGCUUGUUCCGCGAAAGCCAGAAGAAAGUGGACAUUAAAGCAGCAACAACGCGGGAGCUGAAGGAGCAGAAACGGAAGAAGUUGGAUUCUGUGCGGACGGAGACGAGACGACAGUCUGCGCAGGAGCUAGAAACUGUAUUACACGGCAGCGGCCUCUCACCAUGCAGCACUACGGGGUCAACGGCUACUCUCUGCACGCCAUGAACUCCCUCAGCGCCAUGUACAACCUGCACCAGCAGGCCGCGCAACAGGCGCAGCACGCGCCCGACUACCGGCCGUCCGUGCACGCGCUCACGCUGGCGGAGAGACUAGCAGACAUCAUCCUGGAGGCUCGCUACGGCUCUCAGCACCGCAAACAGCGCCGGAGCCGCACGGCCUUCACCGCACAGCAGCUGGAGGCGCUGGAGAAGACCUUCCAGAAGACGCACUACCCGGACGUGGUGAUGAGAGAGCGCCUGGCCAUGUGCACCAACCUGCCCGAAGCCAGAGUGCAGGUUUGGUUCAAAAACCGCAGAGCCAAGUUCCGCAAGAAGCAGAGGAGCCUCCAGAAGGAGCAGCUUCAGAAGCAGAAGGAGGCAUCGGGCGAAGGAGGAAGCGAGAAGGAGGACGGACCCCCGUCCACCACCAUCCUCCCAGACGCCCAGGUCCCCCCUUCGUCCUCCUCCUCCACCUCCUCCUCACUGGAGACAGAGGGUCCCGCGGUCCACCCGGUCCCACUGGACAUGGAGCUGAACGUGACGUCGGCAGAACAUUCAGGCAGCGAAUCUGCCACAGAAGACAACGCCACGGACAAGGAGGAGGAGAGUAAAUGUCAAAGGGAGGAAAUGAAGUGCGAGAGAUCAGCGACACCCGGAGACGUCUCCCCCUGCAAAAGACUCAGUCCUAAGCCAGACUCCCCCCUGGCCUCUCCGUCGGUGACCCCCUCCUCCACCAGCAGUGGCCUGACGGGCAGCGGCCCGCUCUCCCAGGGCCACUCCUACUCCUCCUCCCCCCUCAGCCUGUUCCGCCUGCAGGAGCAGUUCCGCCAGCACAUGGCCGCCACCAACAACCUGGUGCACUACCCCGCGUUCGACCUCGCCGCCCCCUCCUCACUCCCGUACCUGGGAAUGAACGUCAACAUGCCCCCGGCGCCGCUGGGCUCCCUGCCGUGCCAGACCUACUACCAGUCGCUGUCCCACCACGCCCAGCAGGUGUGGAGCAGCCCGCUGCUGCAGGCGUCGGCCGCGGGCGGCCUCCCCGGCCACAACAGCAAGACCACCAGCAUCGAGAACCUGCGGCUGCGGGCCAAGCAGCACGCCGCCUCGCUGGGCCUGGACGCCAUGUCUAACUGAGCCCGCGCGAGGAGGAGCCCCGGCCUGCGAUCUGUGGCUGUAGCUGGACAGGAGCUGACUCUGGAACCUAAACGCGCUCCGUUUCCACUGACUCGCUUUCACAGCUGCUCGUUUGACCUGUUUGAAAAAACCAACAGAACAUCCGCAACUCACGCGUGGCGAUGAACACAUUCCUCACUAUGAAGCCGCUUAAUGCUAAAAAAGGAAUGAUGGAAGCGCUCGGUUUAAAAAAAUCCAGAUGUUUACAGUGAUAAUGUGAAUAAAUGAGGCACUUUGGGAGCAAAAAGGUUUGUCGGCCGGGAGGAAAAACAUUGUGAAGCUCAUGCAGUAAAGAGGCCGUUUCUGUCAAAGUGCCAUUGACAUUUCAAUUAAGCAAUGUGGUUAUGUACAUAGCAUGUGCUCCAUAACAGCACAUAAAUAAAAAUAAACUCUAGCCAUGUUCUCCUCAACAGCAUAAUUAAAAGUGAUUAAUUUACCAGUUUAAUGGCCAGUAACGUGCCACUUUUUACACACGCUGACUUAAUAAUGAGAAAAUGAUUUCAGUGAGUAAAUUCUCAAAGCUGUUAAUUACAUUUUGCCCCGGGCUGAAGGAGCUGGGGCAGAUGCAAUUAUGAACAUGCAUAACAUUUAAACAUUUAAAGGCCUGUACACUACGUGGCAACGUGACUGACGCCACAUUAUAACACGAUGAUUAGAUGAUGGUGAAGAAAUCUGGGCAAAUGUUGACUUGACUCCUGUUUUCCCAGCAGUUCUUCACUUUAAUGUUCUGUGGAGGAAACAUGCAGCUUCUCACUGAAAGUCCGACUGACUGUUAGCACUUGAAGAGGACGGCACACAUCCCUGAUGUUUUCUGUCAUUGUGUUCAUAUGGAGAAAAAAAGCACAUCAUUUUAAUGUAAAAUACAAAGUCUAUUAAUGUUUACUGGUAAGGUCAUUGUAAAGUUCCUAUUAUGUUGUAUAAUUGAUGGACUCAGACAAAGUUCCUGUUGCUGUCGGGCUGUAAAGCAUUUGCUGAGCUCACCCACAGCAGCGGGCUCACUCUCUCACCCUCUGUCUGUGUACUGAUCCUGGGCUGAGUUCAUUCUUUCAGCGUGUUCAGUCCUUCUCUUAUGAAAUGAUCAAUAUAUAUGCAUUGCAGGAAGUCACCACCUGUAUUUUGCAAUUAAUCAGUAAGAAAACCCUGAAGUCAAAGGAAGUGACUUAUUUACCUGAGUUGUCUGUGUACUGCUGUCUGACUCUAUCGUCAUUGAGUCCUGUCGUUGCUAUUACUCCCCAACUGCUCGGUCCAGUGGUAGAUAGAUUUUUAACGGUGGAGGACAGAGUGGUCCUUCCUAACAAUGUAGACUUGAACUAGUGUUGUAAAAUGGUCAUCAAAUAAAAACAUUGCUUGGAGAUCUUUAUAAUGAAAA